GUUGUUAGUUGAGCUCAUCAUUAUGAUCUCGUUCUUGUGCAAAUUUGCAGCAUCUGUUGACCGCUACCGUAGAUGCCAGUGGUAUACAGUGUGACUGAAGUGUCGGAGAUGCAUCGAAUGUGGAACUUGAAAGGACAGCCCCGGACAGUGCGGCGGGUGCACUCACCGUUACUUGGAACGCCCUCACGAAGGCGCGCAUGCACUAUUAAAAACCAGAGUACCAUAGCCAAACCUCAGGCUGGUCCUUCCCCCCACGUAAUAUCUCGAAUCUUUUCUAAUACUUCCUAUUCGACUUCUCUUGAUGACGCGCAUUGUCUUCAUUCUUGCGCUCGUGUGUUUGACCUACACUACUGCAGCCAUGUUGGACCCCACUGCGUGCAAGAUCACGCGCGGAGGAACGACUGCUCCCCUGGCUGCACGAGCCUGUGGUCAUGAUGUGGACGUUGAAAAUAGACAUGACGAUGAUCGUGUCUUCGCUGGCCUUAAUGUGUCCUCGCAAGAGGAGCCCCCGACUCGGACAAUCUACGGAAACACCACUGUCCCUUGGGAAGAGGGCGAGACGGUCCGUAUACACGUGCUGUCGGAGCGCAGUAACCCACAAGUUGUGUUCAACUGUGGGGCCAAUGGCAUGCCCGACAUCUGCCAAAAUAUGUGCUAUGGGAUCACGUGCAAGGGUCGCCCUGAUACAUUGACCAAGAACACCAACACGAAGCUCGCAGAUGCUGCACGCAGAAGAAAUCAAUGUGCACGUCCAAAUCGCUGUAGCAAGGAUUUUGGCGGGAAGGGAAAGGGACUCCAAGGCGUGAACUGCGACGAGUACCCCUUUGCUACUACGCUUGAGGGACAGCAGAGUCCUAGCAUCGCAGUGACGAGAUGUGUUCCGUCGGGGCAAAACAGUGCUCAAGGCGGGAAGCUCAAGCCCAUCGCCGACGGCGCCACGUUCGAAGUGAGGUUCGACUUUGGAAAAGGGGCAGUCAGUGCUUCGAGCGGUGGGGGUACAGGUUACUGCAAUGCCACGAAGAGCGCAGCCAGAUGCAAGACACUGACGGGGACACAGCUGGAUAAUUAAACUUAGGGUAGAUGGUAGCACUCGCACGUCAAUAGUUGGAUGACAAGGAAUGCACCGUUGAUUACGGCA